GUAGCCGAACAUCCCCGAGCCUCCACUCCCAGCAAAGGCAAGCUGACGGCGACAGUCUUGGACGUGGCCCAGGGUGUGUUGGGAGAGACCUUGGAGGAAGAUGCCCCCCUCAUGGAGGCUGGCUUGGACUCGCUCUCCGCGGUGGACUUCAGAAACCAGGUGGCAAAGCAGUUGCCAGGACUGAAGCUGCCAAACACGCUGAUGUUUGACUAUCCCAGCCCGGGUGCCAUUGCAAAAUACGCUGCGGCUCAGCUGGCACCAUCUGCUGCACCAGCACUGCCUGUGAUCCGAGCACCGGUGGCAGACGAGAGGGGUCCGCUUGCAGCUUUGUCUACUGCAUGCCACUUCCCUGCUGAUGGGGAUGAUUCCCAGACGUUCUGGGCAGCCUUGGUCAGUAAAACAGACGGCGUCACCGAGAUCCCUUACGAUCGAUGGGACGUGGACGAGUACUACGAUCCUGCUCCCAAUACGGUUGGACGAAUGUAUGUUCGUCAUGCUGCAUUCGUGAAGAACGCUGAAUGCUUUGAUGCUGCGCUGUUCAGCAUCUCGGGCGCGGAGGCUGCGAGCAUGGACCCCCAGCAGCGACUCCUGUUGGAGAUCGUUCAGGAAGGGUUCCAUGCCGCCAAGUCGCUGCUCAGCAUCGGAGGCGCAACAUCACCGCUCAGUACGAAGGACAUCGGAAGUUUCGUCGGUGAGUGCAACAAUGACUGGGGCCACUUCAAGAAUCUCGAGACUGAGAAGAUGAACCCUUUCAGUGGCACGGGCGGUUCCAUGUCCAUCUCCUCGAAUCGCCUUGCGUACGUCUUCGGCUUCAAAGGCCCGAGUGUCACCUCCGACACGGCUUGCUCCUCAUCGCUGAUCGCGCUGGACAUUGCUGCUGCAAACAUCGGGCGAAGUCGUUGCAUGGCGGCGGUGUCAGCCGGUGUGAACAUGAAUCUGCUGCCCGGGCCAUUCGUGGCAUGCUGCCAGGCACGCAUGCUUUCAGAAGGCGGCCGAUGCAAGACCUUCGAUGCCUCCGCAGAUGGCUAUUCGCGGGGCGAGGGUGCGGGAACUGUCCUCGUGCGGCGCCUCUCAGAUCUUGGCGACAUGAGCGUAGCUGCCGUGAGUGGCACAGCAGCGAACCAGGACGGCAGGAGCUCCUCCCUGACGGCUCCAAACGGCCCUGCACAGCAAGACGUGAUUCAGACUGCUUGGGCCGAGGCCGGCCUUGCACCAAGUGCCGCGGACUUCAUCGAGACGCACGGCACCGGCACCGGCCUGGGGGAUCCUAUUGAAGUCGGAUCUCUAUGCAACACGAUGGGCCAGAACCGCAGCGCUGCUUUGCAGGUGGGAGCCGUGAAGACCAAUGUCAGCCACCUGGAGGGCGCGGCGGGUAUCGCCGGUCUCCUGAAGGCUUUGUCGGCCAUGGUCCACAGCCAAGUUCCCCCAAACCUUCACUUGGCCAGCCUGAACCCCCACAUGGAUAUCGAAGACGUGAAAUUCAGCUUCCCUACGGAAGCCGUGGUGGAGCUUUCCCGGGAGACGCUUCGCACCUUUGGGCUGUCUUCCUUCGGAUUCGGUGGCACGAACACGCACGUCACGGGCCUCGCACCGGCGGGGGAGAAGCAGCAGGAGCCUACGGAG